AUGGGAAAGUCCUACCCUACCGUCAGCGAGGAGUACCAGACGGCCGUUACCAAGGCUAAGAGGGAGUUGAGGGCCCUCAUUGCCCACAAGAACUGUGCUCCCAUUAUCGUUCGCCUGGCAUGGCACGGUGCUGGCACUUUUGAUGUCAAGGAUAAGUCCGGAGGUCCCUUCGGAACGAUCCGCAAGCCGGAGGAGCUGGCGCACGGAGCGAACGCCGGUCUCAAGUGGGCUGUUGACCUCCUUGAGCCCAUCAAGGCCAAGUACAACAUCCUUUCUUACGGAGAUCUCUACCAGCUUGCCGGAGUCGUAGCUGUGGAGGUCACUGGAGGCCCAGAGAUUGAGUUCCAUCCCGGACGCAAGGAUGAGGACAAGGUCCCGCCUGAAGGCCGCCUGCCAGAUGCCACGGGGGGCUCCAACCACCUGAGGGACAUCUUCUACAAGAUGGGCCUCAACGACAAGGAGAUUGUCGUUCUUUCUGGCGCUCAUACUCUGGGGAGAUGCCACAAGGAGAGGUCAGGAUUUGAGGGCGCGUGGACCACACAACCCCUGAAGUUUGACAACGAGUACUUUGUCAACCUUCUGAGCGACAAUGACAAGGGUCUGCUGGUCCUUCCCAGUGACAAGGCCCUGGUGGAGGACGCUGAGUUCAAGAAGUUAGUCGAACUCUAUGCCAAGGAUGAGGAUGCCUUCUUCGCUGACUAUGCUGCGGCGCACCAAAGGCUAUCUGAGCUCGGGUUUGCUGAUGCUUGA